GCGGCCUUGGCAGAAGAUAAUAUGAUUAGCACCAUUGAUGAAUCUCUCACUACCAAGGGCUCUCAAGAAAUUUUGGCGUUCCAGAGGAGUUGUGCUCAGGAAACAGAUAUGACGUCACCUCUCCUAAAUAGCCUUAUAAAUAGUCAAGACACCGAAAAUAGCUUCGAAGAGAACGGCAACUUUAUAGGCAAGCGACAAACUAAGAUGUCGCUCCUCGCUCCUAAAAGGGAUUUCGGUUCUUGUUUAACCUCCGCUAAGAGAUUUAAACCCUCGGAAGAAACCGGAUUUGAACCGGAUUAUUCGGCUGAUAGUAAUCGUGCCUCCACACCUCUCAAAGAUAACCUUAAUAAUUCUCAAGUACUCGACAAUCACAAUCCCGAUAAAGUAGAUGGCUUCCAAAACAAUAGUAACAGUGACUCCCUCUCCAGCUUUUACUAUUACUACCUAAACAAUAGUAAUAAUUCCCACAACAACCACCAUCUUAUUAAUAACGCGGACACCUCUAUAGACGUUCGUCACAUUUCACCCAAUAUAUCGAUUAAAAACAACAGUUAUCUAAACCCGAAUAACACAUAUGAAUCAUAUCUCAACAGCAUCCUAACCCCUUCGGCCCUUUCCUCUUCAGCUCAUUCUACUCCGGUAGCCAGUUCCGCCUCUGUGAGUGCCAAAAACAGCAACAUGUCCCGCAGCGCCAGUAGUAAAAACGUGUUUGGCUGUGCCGUUUGCGCUUACGUUUCUAACUGCGCCGCCAAAAUCAAGCUACACGUGGCCGUCCACGCUUCAGAAAAGCUCUACAAUUGUUCCGAAUGUGGCAAGAGGUCUUACUGGUCCUGGGAUAUUAGCAAGCACAUUAAGGCCAAGCACCCUUCCCACACUUCUGAAGAUUCCAUGGGUAUUGUUAACAAGCCAGUACCACACAUUGUCAAAUCUAUUCAGGCUUUGAAAGAGAUCGAGGAACUUAACAAGUUGCCCAUUCGGGUCAUGAAGCGGGAAGAUUUGAUGGCAGGAUUGCACAUGGGUGCCGGUGUGCCCGUCAACUCGAACUGCGAGAUGGGGUGGGGAAAUGAUUCCUCCGCCUCUUAUCAAGGGAACAAUCCACAAUCUGGCACCACGGGCGGUUCCCAAGAAAACGCUUCUUUUGGACAAAAUCCUAACUCAGCAAUUCAUUCUACCUUACCUAACACUUAUACGUCUUAUUUCAACAGCCCGGUUCUGGUGUUUCGUUGUAAAUUUUGCUCUUUCAAGGAUCCGAGUCGUUCACUUGCUGAAUCUCACGUGAAAUCUACGCAUGGCUAUUCUAUAGCACCUCCUAAGGGCCCUCCUGCCGAUCUUCUAACCCUGGACUCCAACGCCAUAAUGCCGGUUGUGGACAACUAUUAUGAACGCCCAGCAGCUUCUUUUUCCACCUCUUUGCUCUCCUUGACCAACCCCACAUCGUCUUACCACUCUAAUCAACACCCGCCUCAAACAACUCACCAAACUGGGCAGAGCGGUGGUCAUGGGCGUAGAGGUGCUGGAGUUGCCAAUAGCCUGACUACUACUGCUGCUGGAAAUCCUCGGACCAACGUUUACCCCUGCCCGGUAUGCCCUUUCAUCAGCAACAAGCAUUCGGCCUUCAAAAGGCACACAGAACUUCACACCUUCCCGCCUCCCAGGGUAGAUGGAAACGGCGUCGAAGCUGUCACACCCCACGUAGGCCCUUACUACAAAUGCCCUUUCUGCCCUUACUUUGUUCCUCUGAAGCGAAUGCUCUGGCAGCAUUUGAGGAUGCACGUUCCCAACCCUCAAGAAAUCCUCAAUAGACUCAGCGCUUAUGAUCCCGAGAACGACGUUCGCCAACCUAUUCCGCCCAAUGUUGACGCGCUCAGCAAUACGUUUGCCCCGAAUAACCGCGACAAUCCUAACCUUACCAUCGCUGAUAAUUCUAUCGUUGACCAAAGGGAGGACGAGGCCAAAGACGGUGAUAGCAAAGAUUUCGACCUAUCCAAUGCCGAUGGAAUGAAUGGAUCGGCUGAUGAUAUGGCUGGUAACCCAACCCCGAAAAGCGAAGAUUUCAAUCACAAAAAUAAUGAGGAUGUCGCCGAGGUGGCCACUUCGAUAUGUGAAGCUGUCGCUUGUACACGCGAGAUAAAGGUGGAGGAAGAGAGUGUUUGCGAUGAUAGAUCUAGCGAUUCUAUCGCCAAGAUGACGACGACCAUCAUAAGCACAAAUAGACGCAAAUCUCGAGCCCCUUCCUCCUUGACAUCCAUGCUGAAAGCAGCCGCGGCCCUAUCCUGCCCCAAUCCUAAUCCACCAAUCCCUCUACUUCCAGAUUGCCAGAUGUCGGCUCCAACAGUUCUGCCGGAUCCCAUUCCUAUCACACCCUCUCAACCUUCACUAGUUAUAACUCCUCAAUACGUACCGCCCUUACCAAUUAUGACUCCUCAAUACGUGCCAUCAUCACCAAUUACUCCUUUACCACUUUCGCCAGUUAUAACUCCUCAAUACGUGCCACCCGCACCAGUUAUAACCCCUCAAUACGUAGCACCCGCACUAGUUAUAACCCCUCAAUACGUACAACCCACACCAGUUAUAAUCCCUCAGUACGUUCCACCCUCACCCGUUACAACCCCUCAAUACGUACCACCUCAUCAGGCAGUUGAAAAUCAAACCCAUAUUUCGAAGUUCAAUGAUGAAAUCGAAAGGAAUGCACCUCCCAGUAAACCCCCAAAACCUUGUAAAUGGGACAAGGACGACGAAAAGGAGAUAACCGCAGCCUGGGGUCUCAAACUCGGCAAGUACGUACGAAUGUUCAAAUGCCCUUAUUGUCCCCACCUAGGCACGCGACGGGCCAACGUUAGAUUGCAUAUCAAGCUUCACGGAAUAAGAGAAGGUAUGAAGGGAAAGCUCCAAAAAUGUCCCAAGUGCUCUUUCAAUUGCGCUAAUCCGACCCGAUUUUCUAACCACUUAAAUAUGCACGGGAUUUAUGCGGAUAAUCGCCAGACAGCGACCGACGCAUCUCGACCGCCAAACACCGAUUUUCCAUCCACGGAUACCGGCCCCAAUUUGGGUUCGUCGUCGCAAAGUCGAACCCAAAAUAACGAGAUCAAAUCGGAAUCUGACAUUCAGAAUUGUCAAGCGUCCACCGUAACAGACCCUGUUGAAAACGUUUCCUCGAAUUCAUCCCCGCGUUUGGGUCUGACCAAUCGCCCGCAAGACGAUUUUACUCAAGACGGGAAUAUUUUAACCUCGACACCUUCCAACAGCGACGACAAAUACGAUCUGAAAUGCCCCAAAUGCCCGGCUAAAUUUUGCUUGCAAAGAAUGUUCAAAAAACACAUGAAAUUUCACGGGAGGAAAUUUAAACUGCAUUGCCAAGAUUGCGAUUACACGUGUCCCAAAAUUUAUCAAUUGGUUAGGCACGUCAAGUUACACAACGUGACCAUCUUACCCUCGAGUAGCUCUACCCUCCUUCCCAUAUUCAACGCCCGUUUUCCCGAUUCAAAAAUCGCGACAUCGGAAUCAUUGUCCGUCCCCGUUCCGCAAAACUCCAGUAAUACUCAGCUUCCGGGAACUUCCCCGCAAAUUAGCGAUCGUCAAAUUCAAUCCUUGAGGGCUAAAAAUUUAGUCGUGGCCAUCGAUUUGGCAAACAGCAACAAAUGUUUUACCAGCUCUAUCCCUAAAUUGGAAUUAACCCCCCUAUGCAUCUCCGAUAUUAACAACGCAUUGGAUAAACCAGUGAUAUCCGAAACAGAAAAGGGCGAAUUGACGGAUCAAAAUUCGACCCCUCCUCUCGUCAAUACGUUUGAGAAGGCCUUUGACUAUUACCACCCAGACAUGGCCAGAUUUCUGACGAUUGAACACCCUUCAGCUAAACUCAACGGCCCCACUACCAUUAGUUACGAAUGCCAAAACUGUGCUUUCAAGAGCACUUCCAGAUGUGCAAUCGAAAAGCAUUGUAGCUUCCACGUCGGCAAAAGGGACAUUUUUUGUCAGUUUUGCAAUUACAGUGCCAGGAAAAAGGCCCCUUUCGAAAAGCACGUUGAAUACCAUUUCGAUAUGCAGCACAAUUUCUUUGCCAAAACCAAUUACUUCAUGAAACAAGAAGAAAGCUUAAUCGAUGCCAUUGAUGGAUUCGAUCAUUCCAGAGCAUUCAAAUCCAAUUCCGGAAAAAGGUUACCAAAACAUGAUCCCCCAAAUAAACGAUUAGAUAUUAAUGGUUUGACGAACAAUUCGGACGCCAAAAAUAUGGAAGUGAAAUCCCCUCUACCAGAGAAAAACGCUCCAUUUUGCUACUGCCCUCACUGUGGCAGGAAUUUCGAGAACCUUACCUCCGAAACUAGCCAAACAAACGAUUCUCCGAAGAAUCCAGAUGGGGAAUUGUCCUUGCUAUCUCAUAAAACCUUCCACAUCUCGGCCUGCGGUUACUGUUUUUCGCUUCCUUCCCAACCGCCGUCCACUCAAACCGCUGACCCAAACACUAGUUCUUCUCCCGCCAUUCCCAAUUCCAACGAUUCCAAAUCCUCUUCAAAUAACGAGAGAGGCGAUCAAAAUAAUAACCAUUGUCACAACAAUCACUCGAAAUCGGAUAAUAAUAUUUUGUCGGACAAAGGAGGGGACGGAGAAACCGAUUCUCCCAAUUUUUUCUACCGGUACGACAGCAUAGGCAGGCGUCGAAAAAUUUUCUACAGCUCAACCCGAAUCGUGUCCGACGGGCACAGCAGAUCGCACUCGCACAACAAGCAUUCGUUUGUUGGGGGGUCACCCGGAGGCAAUUUAUUGCUUAACAAAGUAGGGGGCAUUCAAGCCCGGGUUGAUGUGGGGAGCGCUAAUAUAUUCUCGUCAUUUACUAGUGAAUGAUUUAUCUUUGAAAUCCGUUGAUCUUGAAUGCCAUUAUCAGAGGGAAGGAAGCCUUGGCGGGCAAAAUAAGGCAUCGCUAAAUCUUCUAAACCAUAGCCCGUAGAAUCAUAUAUAACUCAAAAUAUGAUGACGGUAAAAUUUAAGUAAAUGGAGUUGACCAGGAAACAUUGCAAGAUAAAUCGUGAAAUUUAUUUAUGUUUUAAAGUUUUGUUAAUUAUUGAAAUUUGGUUUCUAAUUAACAUUAUUAUAUAAGAUUGAAAAUUCCUCUAUCAUCAUCACCUAUACAAAUUUACAGAUCAUUAUUGUAUGACCAUCGUAUUUGACUCGAUAUCUAUUAUAAAACUAAAUUAUAUUUUGUAAAAUACUAUUUUAUAUAUUAAAUUACUUUAUUACUCUAAUAUUUUAAAUACUUCAAAUGAAUAUAAACGCAUUUUAUUUAUUUUUUUACUAAUUAUUGUCUUCAUAUAGUAUUUUAUAAUAUAAUAAUAUCUAUCAUAAUGAUAUAAAAAUUUAGCUGAAGCAUAUAAUAAUUUACGAAUAAUGAAUGUGUAAAAUUAAUCAUUAU